AUGGGACUUCUCUCGCUGGGCACGCCGCUCGACUGGCCGUCCGCGCGGCCACUCGCCCCGCACGUCCGCAAGCACGGCAUCGAGCAGUUCCUCGCCCUCUGGAACAAGAUCAAGGACCGACGGGGCGACAUCCUCCUCUGGGGUGACGAGAUCGAGUACAUUGUCGUCGCGUUCGACGACGAGACGAAGAAUGCAAAGCUCUCGCUCCGUCAGGAGGAGAUUCUCAAGGUGCUCAGCCAGAGCGACCACGAGACCCGCGAAGCCGCGCCCGGCCUCGCCAGCCAGAUCCCCACCUUCCACCCCGAGUACGGCAGGUUCAUGCUCGAGAGCACUCCGGGAAGCCCCUAUGGCGCCAGCCCAAAGGAGCUGCGCGGCGUCGAACGCAACAUGCGCCUGCGGAGGCAGAUUGCCCGCUCCCACCUCAAGCCAAACGAGCUCCCCAUCACCCUUACCUCGUUCCCUCGCCUCGGCGUCACCGACGCGCCCUUCACCGAGCCCCACUUUGAGGCCAACGGCAACGCCAGCAGGUCCAUGUUCCUUCCAGACCAGAUCAUCAACCCGCACGCCCGCUUCCCCACGCUCACCGCCAACAUCCGCAAGCGUCGCGGCUCCAAGGUCGCCAUCAACAUGCCCAUCUUCAAGGACGUCAACACGCCCAGCCCAUUCAUCGACCCCUCGAUUCCCUGGGACCGCGACUUCUUCCCCGAGGACCGCGAGGCCAAGGCGGGCGCGGCCAAGCCCGACCACAUCUACAUGGACGCCAUGGGGUUCGGCAUGGGGUGCUGCUGCCUGCAGGUCACCUUCCAGGCCUGCUCGGUGCAGGAGGCGAGGACCGUCUACGACCAGCUGAUCCCCGUCGGGCCGCUGAUGCUGGCGCUGACGGCCGCCUCGCCGGCAUACCGCGGCUACCUGGCCGACGUCGAUUGCCGCUGGAACGUGAUCUCGGCUGCCGUCGACGACCGGACACCGCAGGAAAGGGACGAGAAGCCCCUCCCUCUCGACGGCCACACGCCGCGGGGCGGGCUGGACCGCGACUCGAUCCGCAUGCAGAAGAGCCGCUACGACUCGGUCGACUCGUACAUCUCGCAGGACCCCUUGAACCGCAAAGAGUACAACGACAACCCGCUGCCAGUCAACGAGGAGCUGCGGCAGCAUCUGCUCGACUCGGGCGUCGACGAGCUGCUGGCCAACCACCUCUCGCAUCUCUUCAUCCGCGACCCGCUCGUCGUCUUUUCCGAGAUGGUCGACCAGGACGACAACCUCUCGACCGACCACUUUGAAAACCUGCAAUCCACCAACUGGCAGACGAUGCGCUUCAAGCCGCCACCGCCGGGCGGCCAGAUUGGCUGGCGCGUCGAGUUCCGCAGCAUGGAGGUCCAGAUCACCGACUUUGAGAAUGCGGCGUUCAGCGUCUUUAUCGUGCUGCUAACGCGCGCCAUCCUCAGCUUCGGUCUCAACUUCUACAUGCCCAUCUCCAAGGUCGACGAGAACAUGGACCGGGCGCACCGGCGAGAUGCCGUCAACACGGAAAAGUUCUUCUUCCGCAAGGAGGUCUACCGGACGCGGAACCGGCACCACUCGCGGGCGAGCUCGGCCGAGGGCCAGUAUGGCGACAUCCGCUCCAGGUCGGCCUCGCGGACGGGGUCGGGGCGCGCCACGCCGAUCAAUGGCCAUAGCAACGGCGCAGCGGGCGCCGACCGGUUCGGCGCACUGGCCGAAAACUGGCCGCCGGUCGAGGACGAGUAUGCCGAGUACUCGAUGGACGAGCUGAUCAACGGCAAGGGUGACGAGUUCCCUGGCCUGCUCACGCUCAUCUACAACUAUCUCGACUCGCUCAACAUUGACGUCGAGACGCGGUGCGAGAUGGGCCUGUACCUGGAGCUGGUGGGAGCGCGGGCCAACGGAUCGCUCAUGACGACGGCCACCUGGAUCCGCCAGUUUGUGCAGAGCCAUCCAGAGUACAAGAAGGACUCGGUCGUGUCGCAGAGGAUCAACUACGACAUGAUCAAGAAGCUCGACGAGAUUGAGCGGGGCGUGGUGGAUGCGCCGGGCUUCCUGCCGGCCGGAUACGCGCGGCGGCGGACCAGCCAGGAGACGCAGCCGGAGCUGGGAGCGUAG